UGCUACCCCUUUCUCAUUCACUACUACCACUACACCACAACACUGCACAACCAACACAGCAUGCUUUGUUCGAUCACCGUGCACCUCGCGGAUCGGAUCUGAUCUCAGAGGCGCAAUCGAAUCCAAUCGAAUCAACCAAACCCUCCCUUGUUCCCCUAAACCCCUUGUCAACCCUACUCACUGGUUCUUCUUAACCCCCAUUCUAGGGUUCUUAACUUCUUCCAUUUCCGUUUCCUAAUUCUUAAUCUUCGAUCAAUUUUCCUUUUUUGGUUUACAAUGAAGUUUCUGUGCGGUAAGAGCGUGCUCGAGUUUCCUCUCGCUGAAUUUCGCGAGCACGAUUGAAGAAAGAAACAAAGAAGGGAAAAACUGAAAUUCGGUCGGUUUUUUUGUUUUCUUCACUGAGAGUGGUUGCUAUUCCCUGAUUCCAGAGAAUGGCAGCUUCUCCCGUCAACUUUCUCUUUGGAUUCUUGCUGCUUUCUAUUACAUUGUGGCUUCUGUUCAUAUUUGCUUCUGGGUUGUUGGCUUGGAUUUUGAGCCGGAUUUUAGGAGCAUCUGUUGGAUUUCGUGUUGGUGGUUGGAAAUGUUUAAGAGAUGUGACUGUGAAGUUUAAAAAGGGUGCUAUUGAAUCGAUAUCUGUUGGUGAAAUUAAAGUCAGCUUACGGCAGUCCCUGGUCAAACUUGGUGUCGGUUUCAUGUCUCGAGAUCCAAAGCUGCAAGUGUUAAUCUGUGAUUUAGAAGUAGUUUUGAGGCCUUCAAAUAAAAGCAUUGGGAAGAAGAAAACUCGCAAAUCCCGUGCUUCAGGCAGGGGGAAGUGGAUGAUUGUAGGAAAUAUUGCAAGAUAUUUGUCAGUUUGUGUGACUGAUCUUGUUUUGAAGACUCCGAAAGCUACUAUUGAGAUCAAGGAAUUGAAUGUGGAUAUUUCUAAAGAUGGUGGAUCCAAUUCAAAUUUGUUAGUUAGACUGCAAAUUGUACCUAUUACUGUUUACAUUGGUGAGCCAAGGGUUAGCUGUGAUCAGUUAUCUAAUUUAAGUGGUGGAGGAUGCAGUGGACAAGAAUCCAUUACUGCUAUGGAAAGGUCUUCUGCUCCUUUUGUUUGUGAAAAGUUCUCUGUCUCAUGUGAAUUUGGUCAUGAUAGGGAAGUGGGCAUAAUUAUUAGGAAUCUGGACAUUUCAAGUGGUGAAGUCACCGUGAAUUUGAAUGAGGGGUUGCUUUUGAAAAACAAGAGUUCAUUAGAGUCUUCUUCGGGGUCUGAAAAAAUUAUAGGGUCAAGUGCUGAUUCUCUGAGUGCAAAAAGGACAUCAAAGCAGCAGCAAACACUUGCAGCCUUCUCCAAGUAUGGUUCGAUGUUUCCUGAGAAGGUUAGCUUCAAUCUACCUAAGCUAGAUGUGAAUUUUGUGCAUCGUGAACAUGGUCUUUCCAUGGAAAAUAACAUCAUGGGCAUCCAAUUAAACAGCACCAAAUCACGAUCCACUGAGGAUGUUGGGGAGAGUACACGCCUCGAUUUUCAAGUGGAGUUUAGUGAAAUUCAUCUCCUCAGAGAAGCUGGUUCUUCCGUCCUACAGAUAUUAAAGUUGGAUUUGGUCUCUUUUGUGUAUAUACCAGUACAACCAAGCUCACCUGUUAGAGCUGAGACUGAAAUCAAGCUUGGAGGAACUCAGUGCAAUAUAAUAAUAAGCAGGUUAAAGCCUUGGUUGCUUGCCCAAUCUGGCCAAUCAUCUAAGAAGAAAAAGAUGGUACUUCGUGAAGAAUCUUCCGUUGUAAAACAUCAAUCAAGUGAUAUCAAGAUCAUCAUGUGGACAUGCAAUGUCUCGGCUCCUGAGAUGACAAUAGUUCUUUUCAAUAUGGUUGGCUCUCCAGUGUAUCAUGGUUGUUCUCAAUCAUCACAUCUGUUUGCAAAUAAUGUUUCUAGUAUGGGGACCGCAGUACACGUUGAACUUGGUGAGCUAAAUCUUCACUUGGCUGAUGAAUACCAAGAAUGCUUGAAAGAAAGUGUUUUUGGCGUGGAAUCAAACUCUGGCUCCAUUAUGCACAUUGCCAAGGUUAGUUUCGAUUGGGGGCAAAAGGAUGUUGAAUCCUCUGAAGAAGAUGGUCCCGGUUGUAAGCUAGGUUUAUCAGUUGAUGUGACUGGCAUGGGAGUUUUUCUAACAUUCAAGCGUGUAGAAUCACUUGUAUCAACAGCUAUAUCCUUUCAAGCGCUACUGAAAAGCUUAUCUGCUUCAAAGAGAAAAUCGACUCAGAGCCAAGGGCGUUUGACAAAACCUUCAGGGAAGGGAACUCAGUUAUUGAAGUUUAAUCUUGAAAGGUGUUCGGUAUAUUUAUGGGGUGAGACAUCCUUGGAAAAUACUAUUAUUCCAGACCCCAAGCGAGUUAAUUAUGGUUCACAGGGUGGUAGAGUUGUAAUAAAUGUGUCAGCAGAUGGUACCCCACGCAAUGCAAACAUAAUGUCCACUAUUUCCCACGAAUACCAGAAGCUGAAGUACUCCUUGUCUCUUGAAAUCUUCCAAUUUAAUUUGUCUAUGAACAAAGAGAAACUGUCCACACAGAUGGAACUUGAACGAGCCCAAUCUAUCUAUCAGGAGUAUAUGGAGGAAAAUAGGCCAGUAACAAAGGUGGCAUUGUUUGAUAUGCAAAAUGCUAAAUUUGUACAGCGAUCAGGCGGUCUUAAAGAAAUUGCUGUCUGUUCCCUUUUCAGCGCUACUGAAAUCAGUGUAAGGUGGGAACCUGAUGCACAUCUAUCGCUAAUUGAAUUUGUUCUGCAGUUGAAGUUACUGGUACACAAUAGGAAGCUUCAGGAGCGUGAUAAUGAACACAUAGGCGAUAUGUCUCACAUACAAGAUGCUAAUAAGAAAAAUGAAGGUACCAUUGAAUCAGGGCACCAUGAAAAGCAGAAGAAGAAAGAGUCUAUCUUUGCUGUUGAUGUUGAACUGUUAAGUAUAUCAGCUGAUCUAGGAGAUGGAGUUGAAGCUACGCUUCAGGUACAAUCAAUUUUCUCUGAGAAUGCUCGCAUAGGUGUGCUCCUUGAAGGACUCAUGCUUAGUUUCAAUGGGGCGAGAAUAUGCAAGAGUAGUCGGAUGCAAAUUUCGCGAAUUCCUAGUGUCACUUCUAGUGCAUCUGAUGUAAAAGGACAUGUAGUCACAACAUGGGAUUGGGUAAUCCAAGGUCUCGAUGUUCACAUUUGCAUGCCAUACAGAUUGCAAUUGCGUGCCAUUGAUGAUGUCAUUGAGGAUAUGUUACGAGGAUUGAAACUCAUAAUUGCUGCCAAAACUAACAUGAUUUUUCCUGUGAAGAGAGAGAGCUUGAAAGUUAAGAAACCUAGUUCGGUACAGUUUGGAUGCAUAAAAUUUUGCUUACGCAAAUUAACUGUUGAUAUUGAAGAGGAGCCACUGCAGGGAUGGCUUGAUGAACACUAUCAGUUGCUUAAGAAGGAGGUUGGUGAGUUGACUGUCCGGUUGAACUUUCUAGAUGAAUUUGCAUUGAAGGCGAAACAAGGUCCAAAAUCUACUGACACCAACAAUUCUCAUGAUAGAAAAAUCUAUUUUAAUGAUGAUGAGAUUGAUAUGAAAGAUUCUGCUACUAUUGAAUCCAUGAGAGAAGAAAUUUACAAACGAUCAUUCCGAUCAUAUUACCGAGCAUGCCAGAAUCUAGUGUUACCUGAAGGUUCAGGUGCUUGUGCAGAGGGUUUCCAAGCUGGUUUCAAGCCCAGUUCUUCAAGAACUUCUCUUCUUUCAAUAACUGCAUUAGACUUAGAUGUUAGCUUGAAAAAAAUUGAUGGUGGAGAUGCUGGAAUGGUUGAGGUUCUGAAGGAGCUCGAUCCUGUUUGCCUUGAGAAUGAUAUUCCAUUUUCCCGAUUGUAUGGAGCAAAAAUUCUCUUAAAUACGGGGUCUUUGGUAGUCCAGCUUCGGAAUUACACAUUUCCACUUUUCUCUGGAAGUUCUGGUAAAUGUGAAGGCCGUGUUGUGUUGGCUCAGCAGGCAACAAGCUUUCAGCCUCAAAUAUAUCAAGAUGUUUAUGUUGGGAGAUGGAGAAAGGUCCAGAUGCUUCGGUCGGCUAGUGGUACUACGCCACCAAUGAAGACAUAUUCAGACUUGCCAAUACAUUUUCAAAAAGGUGAGGUGUCAUAUGGGGUUGGUUAUGAACCAGGUUUUGCUGAUGUUAGUUAUGCUUUCACUGUGGCCCUUCGGAGGGCUAAUCUAAGUGUGAGGAAUCCUGGUCCACUUAUUUUGCCACCAAAGAAGGAGCGGAGUUUGCCUUGGUGGGAUGACAUGAGAAAUUACAUCCAUGGAAAAGUUUCCUUACUGUUCUCUGAAUCCAGAUGGAAUAUUUUGGCUACUACAGAUCCUUAUGAAAAGGUUGACAAGCUUCAAAUUGUGACUAGCUCUAUGGAAAUUCACCAGUCUGAUGGCCGUGUUUUUGUUUAUGCUGAAGAUUUUAAGUUUCUAUUGAGUAGUUUGGAAAGUUUGGCAAACAGACGCGGUUUCAAAAUUCCAACAGGUGUCUCUGGUGCAUUUCUAGAAGCCCCGGUCUUUACUCUUGAGGUUACAAUGGACUGGGAUUGUGGUCUAAGACCGUUUCCUCCAUCAGGAAAACUGUCCACUUCUUCCAUUGCCAGGGGCAAUGUUGAACAAGAUCCUACAGUCUAUGAUCCUUCUCACAUAACCCAGAAUGUUUCACCUGCUUCCCCAACGUUUAACUUUGGUGCUCAUGAUCUAGCAUGGAUUCUAAGAUUCUGGAGCUUGAACUACAAUCCUCCACAUAAACUGCGAACUUUCUCUCGUUGGCCUCGUUUUGGUAUUCCAAGAAUUCCCCGAUCAGGAAAUCUUUCUCUAGAUAAAGUGAUGACUGAAUUUAUGAUGCGGCUAGAUGCCACACCAGCCUGUAUAAAGAACAUGCCUUUACAUGAUGAUGACCCAGCCAAAGGGCUGACUUUCACAAUGACAAAGCUGAAAUAUGAGCUAUGUUAUAGUAGGGGAAAGCAAAAGUAUACUUUUGAAAGCAAGCGUGACAUUCUCGAUCUUGUUUACCAAGGUCUUGACCUACAUAUGCCCAAGGCUUUCCUUAAUAAAGAAGAGACUACUACUGUUGCCAAAGUGGUUAACAUGAUAAGGAAAAGUUCACAAUCUGUACCCAUGGACAAAUUAUCCAGUGAAAAAGGUCACGCAACAGAGAAAAACCGUGAUGAUGGGUUUCUAUUGUCAUCUGAUUACUUUACUAUUAGAAGACAAUCUCCAAAGGCUGAUCCUGUUAGGUUACUAGCAUGGCAGGAAGCAGGAAGAAGAAAUGUUGAGAUGACAUAUGUACGGUCCGAGUUUGAGAAUGGGAGUGAAACAGAUGAACACAUGCGGUCUGAUCCCAGUGAUGACGAUGGUUACAAUGUGGUGAUAGCUGACAAUUGUCAGCGUGUGUUUGUCUAUGGUCUGAAGCUUCUUUGGACUAUUGAAAACAGAGAUGCUGUCUGGGCCUGGGUUGGAGGUCUCUCCAAAGCAUUUGAAUCACCCAAGCCUUCUCCUUCUCGACAGUAUGCUCAGAGAAAAUUUGUUGAGGGAAACAAACAGUGUAAUGGAGCUGGUACCCGUCAAGAUAAUGUUUCCAGGUGUUCUCCUGCUGUUAAUAUUUCCAAUUCUCCUUCUCAGCAUGCAGGCACUUCUGUGUCACCAUCGUCUCCAUCAAAUACAGUUAAGGGGGACAACUUCCGCUCUGCUAUAAACGACAGCAAAGAUGAUUCAGAGGGAAAGCGACACUUUAUGGUGAAUGUUAUUGAGCCGCAGUUUAAUCUGCAUUCAGAGGAUGCCAAUGGUAGGUUUUUGCUUGCUGCUGUAAGUGGUCGUGUUUUAGCCCGGUCAUUUCAUUCUGUCCUUCAUGUUGGUUAUGAGAUGAUUGAGCAAGCACUUGGUACCAAAGAUGUGCAUAUUAGUGAAUACGAACCUGAAAUGACAUGGAAACGAAUGGAGUUCUCUGUUAUGUUGGAGCAUGUGCAGGCUCAUGUGGCACCAACAGAUGUCGAUCCAGGAGCUGGAUUGCAAUGGCUUCCAAAAAUUAGUAGAAGUUCUCCGAAAGUGAUGCGUACAGGUGCUCUUCUUGAGAGAGUUUUUAUGCCUUGUGAUAUGUAUUUUAGAUACACAAGGCACAAAGGGGGCACUCCAGAACUGAAGGUGAAGCCGUUGAAGGAGCUCAUAUUCAAUUCUCAUAAUAUAACAGCAACAAUGACAUCCCGUCAAUUUCAGGUCAUGCUGGACGUCUUGACCAAUCUUCUCUUUGCACGCCUUCCAAAGCCCUUCAAGAUAGUUAAACAAAAUCCUGAAGAUGAUGAAGAUAUUGAAGAGGAAGCAGAUGAAGUAGUUCCUGAUGGUGUUGAAGAGGUGGAACUUGCAAAAGUCAACCUUGAACAAAAAGAGAGAGAACAAAAGUUGCUUCUUGAUGAUAUUAGAAAAUUGUCUGCUUGGUGUGACACCCCUGGAUCUCCAUGUCCAGAAAAGGAAAGUGACUUGUGGAUGAUAACUGGUGGAAAAUCUGUGCUGGUGCAAGGACUGAAGAGAGAACUUUUAAGUGCACAAAAAUCCAGAAGGGAUGCAUCUGCAUCGCUAAGGAUGGCACUACAAAAAGCUGCACAGCUGCGGCUAAUGGAGAAGGAGAAGAACAAAAGUCCUUCCUAUGCUAUGCGCAUAUCUUUGCAAAUUAACAAAGUUGUUUGGAGCAUGCUUGUCGAUGGUAAAUCAUUUGCUGAAGCAGAGAUUAAUGACAUGAUUUAUGACUUUGACCGGGAUUACAAGGAUGUUGGUGUUGCUCAGUUUACAACAAAAUAUUUUGUUGUCAGAAACUGCCUACCCAAUGCCAAGUCCGAUAUGCUUUUGUCAGCAUGGAAUCCUCCGUCUGAAUGGGUAAAAAAAGUGAUGCUUCGAGUGGAUGCAAAACAGGGAGCUCCAAGAGAUGGAAAUUCUCCCCUUGAACUUUUUCAGGUAGAGAUUUAUCCCCUUAAGAUCCAUUUAACAGAAACCAUGUACAGAAUGAUGUGGGAGUAUUUCUUCCCAGAAGAAGAACAAGACUCUCAACGCCGACAGGAGGUUUGGAAGGUUUCAACCACCGCUGGUGCAAAGCGUGUAAAGAAAAGUUCAUCACUCAAUGAAGUUUCUGCUUCAAGCAGUAACACAACAAAAGAGUCUGAGGCUUCAUCGAAAUCUGGCAUCUCUGCGAUGCUAUUUUCUUCAAGUCAGCCGGCUGAUUCUGCUCAAGCCUCCAAGGUGUCAAAUGUCAAAGCAAACCCCAGUACUGGUACUGAUCCCGAGUUGAGAAGAACUUCCUCGUUUGACAGAACUUGGGAAGAGACUGUGGCAGAAUCUGUAGCUAAUGAACUUGUCUUACAAAGCUUCUCUUCCUCAAAAAAUGUCCCAUUUGGUUCUACUGAGCAACAGGAUGAUGGCUCCAAGAAUAAAUCAAAAGAUUCCAAAGGUUUCAAAGCUGGUCGCUCAUCUCAUGAAGAAAAAAAGUUGGCCAAGUCACAUGAAGAAAAGAGAUCUAGGCCACGAAAGAUGAUGGAGUUUCACAACAUCAAAAUUAGCCAGGUUGAGUUAUUGGUUACAUAUGAAGGACAGAGAUUUGUUGUAAAUGAUUUGAAAUUGCUGAUGGACCAAUUUCACCGGGUUGAGUUUACUGGGACUUGGCGAAGACUUUUCUCACGAGUUAAGAAGCACAUCAUCUGGGGAGUCCUAAAAUCUGUGACGGGAAUGCAGGGUAAGAAAUUUAAUAACAAAGGUCAGAGUCAGCCCACUGGAGCUGGUGUUCCAGAGAUUGACCUUAACUUUAGUGACAAUGAAGGCCAGGCAGGAAAAUCUGAUCAGUAUCCACCAUCUUGGCCAAAGCGUCCAAGUGAUGGUGCUGGUGAUGGUUUUGUAACAUCCAUUAGAGGACUGUUCAACACUCAACGCCGCAGGGCAAAGGCAUUUGUGCUCCGAACAAUGAGGGGUGCAGAAGACAAUGAUUUUCAAGGGGAUUGGAGUGAAAGUGAUGUUGAGUUCUCUCCUUUUGCCAGGCAGCUGACAAUUACGAAAGCUAAAAAGCUUAUUAGGCGGCACACAAAGAAGUUCCGCUCCAGAGGACAGAAAGGCUCAUCCUCACAACAAAGAGAAUCGCUACCAUCAUCUCCGAGAGAGACAACCCCAUUUGAUAGUGAUUCUUCAAGCGGAUCCUCACCAUAUGAAGAUUUUCAUGAGUAGAAAUGGUUUCAGUAAUUCCUUUACUUAUCAGUUGUGUGCCACAUAAAGUACUCUCUCUGGCAGCUGACCUUUUCUCUGUUGAGAAGAACUCGAUGGAAGAAACUUAAAGAGAUACUAUGAGCAGAGAGGUCAGGCGUAAACUGGAAAGAAAACAGGGGACUCGAGAUAUUUUGGCAAUGCAUGGUUUUUGUUGAUUGAUUGAUACUCAAAUGUGUAUACUCACCAAUGUUGAUUAUAGUCAAAUGUGUAUGCUCACUGACAACCCAAGAGAUCAGUGUGAUUCAGGGCCUUGCUUUCAUCCCCUAUCUUCCCAUUUUCUGUUACCAUCAACCACAGAUUUCCAUUCCUCCAGAUCUCCAGUAACGGACAUCUACCAGGUCAUCCUUGUGUUGUAUAUUCUUGUAGCCACAGAUCAAUGUGCAUUUUUGGGCUCCUAAAUGUAUUAGAUAGAAAAUUAGGACCCUAAAGGUUGACAUGAUUUUGUACAGACAUUUGAUUAUAUUUUGAAAAAUAGAAUAAAAGCAAUAUUCUCUCUUAA